AUGCAUCUUUGUUUAACGUUAUUGGCGUAUCUGGCCACGAUGCAUGCCACUGCUGCGGCAUUUCCAGCUCGAUGCAAGUCUACAACCCAAUUUGGGAAGGCGAUAUACACAAUCACAAACGACAAUGCCAACGCUGUUGUUGCUGUACCUAUUUCACGUACUGGAAUGCUAUCCAAGGGAACUUCGAUAAUGACCGGUGGCAUGGGUUCGAACUUCAUCGACGGCAUCACCAAUAAGCCAGCGGCACCGGAUGCUUUGGCCUCCCAGUCGGCCCUGACUGUUGCAGGCAACCACUUAUUCGCCGUUAACGCCGGGUCUAACACCAUCACCAUGUUUGAAAUCGAUCAAUCCAAUCCUACCAAACUGACUAUGGUUGGUCAGCCUAUUGCAGUUCCUGGUCAAUUCCCCAAUACAGUCGCCGCCUCGCAAAAGAACGGACUCGUAUGCGUAGGAUCCUCCGGUGCCGUUUCAGGCAUCUCUUGUGCCAAAUUCUCUGCCAAUGGCGUCGCUGCCAUGGACACGCUUCGUUCAAUUGAGUUGAACCAGACCACUCCACCAGCUGGGCCAACCAACACCAUAUCCCAUGCGUUUUUCUCCAAUGACGAAAAGACUCUGUUCGUAACGGUCAAAGGGGACCCGGAGAAGAAGAAAACCGGAUUCCUUGCCGCUUACCAGGUUGAAUCCGGCAGUGGUUGUUCACUCGUCAGUGAGCAAGGCAUGCGAUCAUCACCAAACGGCACUGCCGUACUCUUCGGCUCGUCCACCAUACCCAACACCACCGAUCUAUUCACCACGGAUGCGUCAUUCGGUGCCGCUGUACUAUCAGUUGACGCACGCACAAACGCGGCCACUGUCAAGGGGAUGGCGGCUGUUGACGGCCAGAAAGCAACUUGCUGGGUUGCAGUUUCCCCAGCAACUAACACCGCUUUUGUCACUGAUGUAGGGACAAACAGAUUGGUGGAGAUGUCGGUGACUGAUGCAAGUAUUAAGAGUGUUAUAGAUCUCGGCGCGAACAAUGACCCGGGCCUCACUGAUCUAAAAGCUGCGGGGAAGUUUAUAUAUGCGCUCAGCCCUGGAAACGGCACAACUCAGCCGGCAAUAACAGUGGUUAAUGCGGUUAGCAAAAAGCAGGUUCAGCAUUUCCCACUCGAACAGCUCGGGGUUGGAAAAAAUGCUCAAGGGAUGGCGUUGCUGGUGUGA